GCCGCGGCUGUGUGGCGUGUGUGAUGAAUGUGUCUGAUUUGGAUCCUCAGCGAGCACCACUUUAAAUUUCGCUACACUCGCAAGCGCAACCGUUGAAAAAGCACACUAUUAUUCGAUGUGAAAAAAACACCUUUGUUAGAUCGAUUAAUAACUUGUCCGAUCUGCUUGCGAGUUGUCGAACCAAUGAUGUUAUUUAUAAAAGAUUUCAAAAUAUUUUGGAGCGUUAUAUGAGUCUACGAACGUCGAAAACAAACGAUAAUGAAUAGUGCUGUUGGAUUUUUUCCUACUAUGUUAUAAUUCAAAUUUAUAUCAUCAGUGCAUCAAGCAUUUCAAGAUAUUAUUACAAAAUUGUCCGAAAUAUGAAGCUGUUCGAAAUAUGAUUCAGAGGUACUUUUCGAGAUGGAGGGGCUUACCAUAGUAGUGAAAUGUCUCGAAAAAAAUGCCUGAAGUUUUCCAAUUUUUUUUUCUUUGUUCAUGUUGUGAAGGAAAAUUUUGGCGCACUGUUGAAGUCACACCGUGUUCGAAUGCAGUUGUGCUGUAAAGUUAUAUAGCCACAAAGGGCGAAUAUGUUAUCCCUAUGUUAUCCCAAAAAAGUUGAAUUUACAACCACAUGCGAGCGCCUUGGAUACCAAAUCAACAUUUGUGUUACUAUAGAUCCCAUAUUACUGUUUAAUGCGAAACACUCAACUGCGUUCAAUUUCCCUGGUGUGAAAAACUCAACACGAGAAGAAAAAUGCCUCGAAUUAAACCAACAACGAAGUUAGGAGUAUAUGGUCAAUAUGAUUUGAACCCACAACAGGCAGUCAAUUUGUACAUUGAAUCUAAAUUACAAAAUGAAUAUUACAAGAAAAAACCAAGCUGGGAUGUUGCCCGCCUGGGCUUGGAUCUUAUGGGCAUUCAGAGUAACCGUGAAUAUCAACAGGUAACGAAAGAACAGAGUCGAAUGCGAAAAGAUUGCCAGAAAAAGUCCAGGAUCAACGAAAAACGACUCCAAGAAGCGAAUAAGCUGGUGGAAAUGCUUCUAAAUAAUUUUGUAGAAGUUAAUGACUUCCUGAAAAGCUGCGAAGCGAAAGAGAACGAGUCAUAUGCAAUCAUGGAAAGCGAAAGAAAUAAACAAAUCAAUUUUAAUAAAAAAAUUGAGAAGAUAGAAGAUGAUUUGCAAAUACUCAGACACUUCAUCGGUAAUUUUGAAAGUACGGUUAAACAAUUUCAACCAUUUGAGGAUGUACUUGAGGAAACCAUACAAUCUUCAAGUGUCUAUGGCUCAGUUGAAGAGCUGAUGAAACGAUGCGAUUCGUUGUUAUUGGUCCAGGUUGAAAUUUCGGAAAUAGAACAACAGAAAAUUCAAGACAUAGAGCUUAUUCGAGAAAAUCUGCUCAAAUCUACAAAGAACGCGUUGCAUACUAUAACUGGGUUGAAUAACGAUCUUUCAAAUUUACAGAUUCGCUACGUUCAUGCGUGCGAGGAAUGUUUGAAAUGGGAACAAUCCAUCACGUCAACCAAAAAUUAUAUGGCGUUGAACGAAAUGAAAACUAACUGCAUGCUGGAUGUUAUUUUUCAUCUAUAUGAUACAAUAUGCAAGCGGCGCGGUGAAUCUCCGAAGUUCUCAAUGGAGCAUGUGGAACAACAGCUCGAUUUUAUCAAGGAAGAAGUCGGGCUCAUGCAGGAAGUUAUGAGCGUUGCCAACGCGAAACUUACCCAAGGAGAUAUGAGCUUGUUGGCAACGAAGAGUUCUAAUAAAGAAAAAUAUGCUGCUUACCCAACCCAGAGAAAAUAGAACAUUUUCGGGUCUAACUUAUUCACGAUAUUUUUUCUUACAUAUGAAAUUAAAUGUCUCAAAUCAAA